AUGGACGGGCCAAAACAAUUAGACGAAGAAACCUUGCAAGAUCUUUACGCGUGGAUAGACAAGAUACCGCUCUCCAGACCAAAGCGCAACAUAACCCGAGAUUUUAGCGAUGGAGUUAUGGCUGCAGAAGUUGUGAAGCAUUUCUUCCCUAAGCUGGUGGAGCUGCACAACUACACGCCCGCACAUUCCACGCAGCAGAAGCAGAGUAACUGGAUCACCCUCAACAGGCGAGUUUUCUCCAAGCUAAACUUCCAUAUACCUGAGGAUAUAGUAAAAAAAAUUGUGGUGAGCACACCAGGCCACAUUGAACCAGCCCUUUGCUCUCUGAGAGAGAAGAUAGAGGAAAAGAAAGCAGGAAAACAACCAGAUAGCGCACAGGACUUGGAGUAUUACAGCACUUCAGAUGCACAGCAGAGAUCAGGGAAUCAUGUGAUGGUUAUUGAACCCACUCAUUCAAAUCCAGCUACUGUGAAGAAAACAGACAAAGUCAGGGCUGCUGCAACCAUUGGACCAAAUGUGGAUCCAGCUGUACGUUUGCUUUUGGAGGAAAAGGAGCAGGCCAUCUUGGCUUUACAGGAGACUGUUAGUAUUUUACAGAUUAAAGUAAACCGAUUGGAGCACCUUGUGCAUCUUAAGGACCUACGCAUCGAGGAUCUGACAAAGCACUUAGAGCGACAUAAAGCACGCAACUCAUGAACAUCAUUUCAGAAAGCACAUAUGUGUACGCAAGACUUGCAGAAAGCUGGCCCGUGGUCUGAAAUCAUCUCAUUUUCCUGGUCUGUGAUUGUUAGUAUUUUCUUUUAAUUGUUGACACACCAAUCGCAUCACCAAGGACCAUCUAGAGCCGUUUAUACUUCAUAGUGAAGUCCAACAAACUGGCAGUCAAAUUUUGAUUCUUUGAUGCAUUUCUAUC